GCAACGAAAAAAAAUACCUAAACGGUCAUCUAACCAACGAGUCGGUAACGUUCGCUGGUGACUGAUCAACGUUACGAUAUACGUUCGUGUGUUAAAUACAUACGACGAUGAACUGCAAAAAAUAGUCGAUAUCUAUCAAUAAAGAAAAAAUAGGAAAUAUAUGUCGUGUACGACGGACGCCGUGUUCCAAUCGUGAUAUGUUCUUCGCCUCGAAAUUAAACAAAAUUUUAGCGUGGCGCUGUAUCAACAGCUGAUUAACUUGUAGUCUUCGAACAAAAUUUUCGUUCUAGUCAACUCCAGUGUCAGAGGAGUAAAAACGAAAAAACAAAAACGAUGGCCGGAUUCGUGUUGCGAGUUAAAACGAAAUCAGGUCAAAAGGUCGUAAACGGUUUGAUCCCUCAGGAUAAGGUGUCCGUAUUGAAAUCGAAGCUGGCCGAGCUAACGGGAAUAGCAGUCGAUUCGCUUCACGUUCUUGGUGGAUUUCCACCAAAGGCGAUUAAUUUAAACAAUGAAACGGACACGAUCGAGGAAAGCGGUGUUGUGUCGGGCGAUACCUUGAUCGUAGAAGAGAAGCCACCUCUUUACAAUGGGAAACAAAAGUCGGAAGAAAUUGGUCGGUCCCAUAUCGUUGACGACGAGAAUUUCGUAAACACGCCCGGUGUACUGAUGAAAAAAGUUGUACCUGCAGAUAAUUCUUGCUUAUUCACCAGUGUCGGAUACGUGCUCAACGGUAAAGUAGAUCCUAGUUGCGCCAGCUUCAUGAGAGAAAUUAUAGCCAAUGCCGUGGCGGCUGAUCCGGAAGAAUAUUCCGAAGCUUUCUUAGGUCGUCCCAAUUCCGAAUAUUGCGAAUGGAUUUUGAAGCCUGAAUCUUGGGGCGGUGCUAUAGAGCUCUCUAUACUCUCAAAAUUUUAUGGACUAGAAAUAGCGGUAAUCGACAGCAUUAACGCUAUAAUCAAUAGAUUCGGCGAAGAUCAACAUUAUGCUCAAAGAGUAUUUCUAAUAUUCGAUGGAAUUCAUUAUGAUCCUUUGUACCUAGAACCGCUCGAUGGUGGUAGUAUUCAAACUAUCUUUCCUACGGAAGAUGAAACGAUAUUAUUGGAAGCGGCAGAACUUGCCAGAGAAGUAAAAUCUAGUCGUCAAUUUACGGAUAUUCAAAAGUUCACUUUAAUGUGUAACGAUUGUAAAAUCAAAUUAAACGGCCAAAUGGAAGCUCAACAACAUGCCAAGGAAACUGGUCAUAUGAAUUUUGGAGAAGUAGCAGCGUAGCGAAUUAAAUGUUUCCUCUCUUGUUGUAAAUCUUCUAAACCUUUAAUUGGACCGCUGUUUGAGAAUCCUAUUAAGUUCGAGUCUCAAACAGAAUUUUCUACUUAAACGAGGCUUCUAAGCAAAUCCGGUAUUUAAUAUGGAUACUUUGUUGUUUAAUAUAAGAUAUAUGCAGUGCACUACGAGGAUUGUUUAAACAUAUAAUAUGCACAGAUUUUUAAUUUUGACUGAAGAUCAAAUUUCUCUAAAAGAAAUUUACCUAAUUCGUUUUCUUCUAGUACGAAUGAAUUUCAUCGAUCGGAUUUCAUUUCUGAUCGAAUUUAUUCUCGGAGCGAGUUUCUUACGUGCGCGCAUCCAUAACUUGUUUAUAAAACGAAACGUUAGCCUUUUCUAAUCGCGUACAUAUAUGGUUGCUAACACGUAUCGUUACUUUCAAUUAAAAGAGAAAAAAAGGAACGAGUUUGUCUGCCUCGUACAUCGUGGAAACUCGAUUAGUUAAACGCAUCGCGAACUAGUGCAAUUUUCGGUGAUAGCGGUUCUGCCAUAGAAAACCCAGUUAUCCAGGAUUUUAUACGAAUCGUCUUUUGAUCCUCUUUGUCUCUGAUAAUUGGGUUUCUAUUAUCUAUGCAUACGUUCAAAUAUUUCAUUAUAUUUUUACUGCAGACCCAUUGCAUAUAUUGAAAACGUAAUGAUACUCUCUUUGGCGAGAUUAAGAAUCUGUGAUAGUUAAUUAAAUUUGCCUAAAAUAAAAUUCAUAGCCUUUGCUGGCAAUGGAUGUGUUCUAUGACAUAUAUGAUCACGAUAUAAAGAAAUAAAUCGUGAAGUUGGUUAAGAAGCGAUACAGAGUUCACUUAAUUUUGCUUUUAAUGGCAAAUCAGUUUAGCACCAUUAAUAGCGAACUUUAUAUAGAUAAAGUACUAUUCCCAGAAGUGCAAACAAAGAAUUGUUAAUACAAAUAACAUCACAUUUUUAUCAAUAAAAGUGUUACUCGAUAAAAACUGCAGAAUGUUAUCUUGUAAGAUUUGAUCUCUAUAAUAUAAUAGAUUAAUUUACAGUCCAGGUAUGCAUAUAAUAGAGGAUAAUAGAGGAUGAAACAAAAAACUAACUAUGACACCUUCAUUAUACAUACGUGUAUAACUCUAGGAUAUUGUAAUUAUUUUCUUAUCGAGAUUUCUAUGCGAUCGAACAUGCACCGUAUCAACACGCGAGUUUUCGAUUAAAAAGUGAAAGUUAAUUUUUUGUAACUACACACACACACAUAUAAAAUAUUUCUUAAAAAAUGUAUCAUUCAAGCAUCAUAUUUUGUUUUUUAUAUACAGGAAUAUAAAUACCUGUAUUACAGUGUUAGAUUUGCCGAGCAGAAUUAAUUAGACUCGAGCGGAAAAAGAAGUUGCAAAAAAUGACUUAUUACUCAGGAAAAAUUCAUCAUAAAUUUUCACAGAUUUAUAUUUAUAUCACGCUAUGAUAUGUUUUGUAAGUUCCGUCGUAUCGAUAAAAUAAAACAAACAAGAUAUUUCACUA